AUGUCUUCUCCACUUCCGCAAGAUAUUGAACCGCAGACCGCCAUCCAAGAGGCCAGCGAUCUCGCAUCUCACGACCCAGAUAUCGUCAAGAAAUGUUGGGACAAUUUGGGUACGGCAUACCGUAAGGCUUCUAAAGCCGGAGAUACUCUUCCCAGUUUCCCACGUUGGGUGCUCAACAACGUCCCUGACGCAGCAAUUGAGCAAAUGAUGAACGUGGUGUGUGGCAAAGGAGCAAGGAAGAUUGAGUCCUAUGGACCAGGACUUGUGGAAAGGUUCGGUGUGCCCCAAUGGCAGUUUGUCCUUUUCCUUGGUCCUCUACCACAAAACAAGGUCACGCUCUUGAACCGCAUUGGCAAACGACGCGGUCUUACGUUCGAUGGUCUAUUCGAGGAACUUUGUGCCGAGCGAUGCAGAGACGGGUGGGAGUUGCCAAAAGGCCCGUUUAAUUUCUCGCCCCGGGAAUUGAAAUGCUGUGUCCGAGACAACGACCCCGAAGAUGAGCAGGGACAAAAGUCCGAUGAUGGCCAACACAAUGUUGACGUUAUCAGCCAUGAUAACAUCGUCGUACGCGGAAGCAGCGACAUCAUAAGUGAACGUGGCGACGAGGAGGACUCCCAGUACACCCCUAGCAGCCCUAUCGACGACGACUUGCCAUUAGAGACAAGCAGCUAUGCAUCCGAUAUGUUGGAUACAGGGGACGCCUUCACAGUCCAAGAAGUCUUGCCAGAAUCGGUGGAAAUUCCAACCUCUGGUACGACCAACCCAGAAGGCUCUUCUGCGGACGAUGCGUCAAGUCCCCUUUUUUCACAGAAACUGAACCAGAGUCAGGGAGGAGAUAUAAUCGUACCAGAGGCACUUGGCAACUACACUGGGGUGCCGACACUGGAGCAGGCCGGUACGAGCGACGCCACGGAUCAGACCCGAGCCGCGCUCUACAGUGAUGUAAGCGAUACUGGCGAGUCAUCGAUGCAGGAAUUGGACAAAAUACAAAAACAAUUGGACGAUUUCCGAACACGGCACGAGGAACUUCGUCAAGAGGACAUGGCUAUUCGACGAGAAGAGGCGGCCGUGGAAGGAAAGCGCCAGGCGUAUCGAGCGAAGCGGUUGAGGGCCAACACUGUCGUACUGGAGUUUAUUAAGCGCACUCAGAUAGGGCAGUAG